AUGCAUAAUCCUAUUUCCACACCCAGUUCUGUAUUUACAAUCUGUACUUGUGUUUCUUUGCUGUUAUUUCUUCCCCAGGCAAAAUCACUUAAUUUUAGUUUCCCUCGUUUCGACUCAAAUACACCCAACAUUAACCUUGAGAAUGAUUCAUUUGUUUCCAAUGGGGUAAUCCAGCUUACCAGAAACCAACAAGAUGCUUCCCUCUCCUACAGCGUAGGCCGAGCGUCCUACUCUGAGCCAGUCCGUCUUUGGAAUAACAGCACGCGAGAGGUUACUGAUUUCACCACCCACUUUUCGUUCCUUAUCAGGCAAGUUAACAAUACCGCCUUUGGUGAUGGACUCGCCUUUUUCCUUGCACCUAUGGACUCUUUAGUCCCUGAUAAUUCAUCAGGUGGGUACCUUGGGUUAGUCAGUGCUGAAUCUUACAACCAUACCAGUCAAAACCAGUUUGUGGCUGUCGAAUUUGACACCUUCAGGAACCAUUGGGAUCCGAGCUCUGAUGAUCACGUGGGUAUUGAUGUAAACUCUAUUGUUUCAGAGGCUAACCUUACAUGGUCUAGUACCAUGAGGAACGGGUCAACAGCUAAUGCUUGGAUAACUUAUAAUUCUUCUACCAGGAAUCUGAGUGUUUUUCUAACUUAUGCUGAUAAUCCUGUUUUCAGCAGAAACUCUAGCCUCUCGCUUAUCAUCGACUUGACUACCAUCCUUCCGGAAAGAGUCAGAGUUGGAUUCUCUGCUUCCACGGGCCUUUAUGCUGAGAUUCAUAACAUCCUUUCUUGGGACUUCAGCUCAACCUUGUCAGACACCAAUGGAACUGAAUCAACAACCAGGGAAAAUGCCCGCGUCAGGAGAAGCAGGAGAGCAGGAUUGAUAGGUGGUGUAUCAGGUGGUAUUGGUGUUUUGGUGGCGGGACUGGUCUUAAUCGUGGUUAUGUGGUGGCGGAGGAAGCCAAAAGUGGAAAAAUCUGACAUUGAUUUCGAUGUUGAUGAUCACGAGUUUGAGAAGGGAACAGGUCCUAGGAGGUUUACAAACCGCGAACUCUGUCAAGCUACUAACAACUUCUCUGAGGAAGGAAAGUUAGGAGAGGGAGGUUUUGGAGGUGUUUACUUAGGUUUGUUGGAGGAUCCUAGUAGAGAGAUCGCGGUCAAGAAAAUAUCUAGAGGAUCAAAACAAGGCAAGAAGGAGUACGUGUCAGAGGUGAAGAUUAUAAGCCGGUUGAGGCACAGGAAUCUGGUUCAACUUCUUGGCUGGUGCCAUGAACAAGGAGACUUGCUUCUUGUUUAUGAGUUCGUGCCUAAUGGAAGUCUCGACUUCCAUUUAUACGGGGGCAAGAAGGUUGUACUGUCAUGGAAAACUCGGUACAAAAUUGCCCACGGCUUGGCAUCUUCCUUGUUAUACCUUCAUGAAGAAUGGGAGCAGUGUGUUGUACACAGAGACAUCAAAUCCAGCAAUGUCAUGCUUGAUUCCAAUUUUGAUGCUAAGCUCGGAGAUUUUGGACUUGCCAGACUUGUGGAUCAUGGCACGGGAUCACAAACAACCGUUUUAGCAGGCACAUUAGGGUACCUGGCCCCAGAGUGUGUGAUCACAGGAAAAGCCAGUAAAGAAUCUGAUGUCUAUAGUUUUGGUGUAGUGGCUCUUGAAAUUGCAUGUGGAAGACGGCCUAUUGAGUCCAACGAAGAUCCAAGCAAGGUAAGGAUGGUAGAAUGGGUGUGGGAUCUCUAUGGUAAAAGUCGUCUUCUUGAAGCAGUUGAUAGAAGACUUGAAGGGGAGUUCGAGAUGCAGCAAGUCGAAUGCUUAAUGGUGGUUGGAUUGUGGUGUUGUCAUCCAGACUACACCAUCCGUCCUUCAAUAAGGCAAGUUAUAAACGUUCUGAACUCAGAAGCUCCUUUGCCCAGCUUGCCUUCGAAGUUUCCUGUACCUAUCUACUUCUCACCCCCGAUGAAUAUGGAUAUAUUGUCCAUGUCAUCCCCUGUAUUUACAGGCCUAAGUGAUUCAACAAACUCUUCUUCUCGGUCAGUUUUUUCUGGCACUGCUCCUUUGUUAUCACAUAAAGAAAAUGUGUAG